AGGCUUAUUCAAUCGUUUUGAUGCCAUCUCAUGUGCAUACAAGGUCACGUGAUCAAAUACCAAAAUAUGGCGGGCGUUAGAAUUUCAAGUUUGCGAGAGGUGCCCACUUCCCUGUCUGCAAUGCCUGAGUUUAUGGACUUCCUGCAGUCCCAGGCUGAGGCACUAGAUGUCCUCACACAGAAUAUGGAGACUCUGGGAAGGGAGGAGGAAGACACAGGUUUCCAAUCAUGCAUCAGGUUCAAUGGGAUUCCAAUACUCCCACCUGUGAUGGAUGAAGGGCGCUGCCUGGAGAUGCAGCGUUACAGACAGCUGGCUGCAGGAGUGGAGCAUAGACUGGCUGUACAGCGGAGGGACAGACUUCUCAACAGAGUGCAGACAGUUAUCCAGAAGAUUGAGGAGAGGAGAACCCCAACCCCAGUCACCAGUCCUGGUAUGAGUGGUGGGGAGCAGUCCGGUGUCAACACAGCCUCUUCCUCGCACAACAUUCCAUCCAUUCCUUACAACCCUCUCAACUACUCCUUCCAUGAUUCUCAGUCUGACACUCUGUCCUCAUCAGGUAGAGACACUCCAAGAGACAAAAAUCCAGACCUGCAGAGUAAUGAUUCAGACACAAAGUUUGGUCAUGAAAGAGAUGUUUCAGAACUUCAUUCAGGUAGAUGUGACGAAGGCACUGUUGAUGAAUCAAGGCCGAGAUACAGUAGGGAGUCAAGCAAUCAGUCCAGUGAAAUUGGAAGUGAUCCUAAUAAGAUGAGUUAUGAGUCUCAGACAGUUGUUGAGAGAAGAAAGUGGUCCUCUGAGGGAGAGGAUAGCACAGUAGGACAGUCACCAUCCUCUGAUGGUUUUGAGUGUAGGGUGCGAUCCAAGACAGAAUCUACAGUGGAGUCUGAAACAAAGGAAAGAGUGGACAGUACUUCUGGUGAUGACUGGCAAGGGAAGGACAGGUCCAACACAGAGACCACAGAGGGGAGCUUAGAAGAGGUGGAUUACUAUGGUAUGAGCCUGCAGAAUUUGAUACGCAAAUCGGUGGAAGAACAAAAAGCAGACAAAAGCCAACAGAAUGCGGUUCAAACUCCGGCCAUUAAUCCUGCAACCUCAGAUAGUGGACCAAUGAUAGUUAAUUUCAGUGCAAAUAAGGGGGAUGUCAGGGAUGAUGUAUUGGACAAUGAUAAUGCAGAGAUCAGUAGCAGUUGCAAUAUAGAGGGACCAAACAUCACAAGGCAGCUUAAAACUUCUUCCUCGUUUGAAGGUGAUUCAAAGAUGGAAAGGUCCAGCCAAUUCACGAGCAGUAGCAGCAGCAGUGACAGCACCCUCAACAGAACCAUCAUAGCCAAGGAUGAAAGCUUGCAGGACAAACUCACAGAAGUGCAAGGGGAAAGUCCUGGCCAUGAUGACAACAACAUACAGGGUAUGAAGAGUACAUUAGAAUGUGCAAAUGUUUCUGACAAUCAAAAUGAGUCUAAUACUAAGGAUCUCAACAAGGAUGCUGACAUAUCACAAGGGGGCCAAGAGAGUACUGUGGACAGUGGUGUUGGCACAGCAGAGUCCAGAAUCCGUUCUGGUACAGAUGACAGUGUAACAAGUUUGCUGGGAGAGUACACACCUCUUCCAACCGUCAGUCCCAAUGUGACACCAGACGUCUCUGACAUCUUGCCUACUGGUGGUCCUACUGUGCAAUCUGACAUUUCAGACAGUCUUCCACAACCAGGUGGAGAACAAAGGACAAGCACAGCGAACCCAGGACAAGACCACAAGCUUCCUGAGUCCACUGAAGAACCAUCUGUGCACACUCAGACACUGACAACCAGUUCCAUGUUCUUCAUGAGUACUGACGAGUCCCUCAAUACCGUAGCCCAGUCCUGCACCCUUCCCAUCAGCCCUGUGUCAGAGGACAGUGAUGCGACUUUGAGGGAUGUUAAUGACUUUGAGGAAGAACGAAAAAGUGCAACUCCAGUUGUUCUAGACAAUCAACAGACCAAACCAGAUGCAACAGCUGCAGACAAACAUUUGUCAAAAAAUGACAUAUCUGUCCAUUCUCCUGAUGCCAAGCAAUCCUCACAUGAAGGCCAAGACUUGACUACAAAGAAGGGUGAUGAGGUUUCGACACCUAAGCAUGUUCGCAGGGGCUCCUACACCCUGGAGAUGCCGUCCCCUGCACUGCUGCAAGCAGAGGAGAAACAGAAGGUCAGCCCAGAAGGGAGAAGUGACUACCUUGUUCGAGAACCAGGACAGUUUCCUGUUCCAAGCCGACAGAAUGCACAAAGAAGUGGUGUUUAUCUGCCUGACAGUGGAUUUAUGACUACAUGUAGAUACAAUAACACUGCACCAUCUACAAGUGGAGCAAGCCUCCUUCCAACAACUAAGUCUGUAAAAAGUGUGACAACACCCCUUGAACAACAUCAACAUGGACAACAAACCCAACAUACCUCUAGACCUGACAGUACAGCCCCUGCAUCAGGGGAAACACAGAGAAACUCUGCACUUGAUGCUGAGGCUUCUCAUGUACCAACAAUCAAUCCUGAGUUUCUGGAGCAGGAACUUCAGAAGUAUGAGGACCUGAAAGCACUAAUGCAGCAUCAGCACAAGAUGCAGCUGGCACUGCUGAUGCAGGAGCAAGAGAGGCAGCGGCUCGCCAUGCACCAGGAACUGGAACUGCAGGAAGAAAGGAUCAAAAUGCAGAAAACUAAACUUGAAGAACAAUACAGCAGGCAGGCAGAGAUUAGUGAGCAGGAGAGAUGGACUGAAUCAGCCGCAGCCUUACGACGGCUGGAGGGCAGAGAUGCACUUCCACCCUCUCCAACCCACAACUUCAGCAGACCCAUCCUUCAUAGGACAGCACCUGUCUCAGCAGCAUCUCAGCAAUACAGUGUGACUCUUCCCGGGACCAGAACCAUGGAUCCUUCCUUCCCAACCCAUGCAAUAUUAUCAAAAGGACAGCUUUCAGAUGCAUCCGUCCCGACUAGUGAAGGUGCUGGAUGGCGGCACACUCAGUCUGAUACCAGCACCAGUUAUGCCUCCCCCAGUCCCACACAUAGCCAAACAUCCUGGACAUCACAGAGGAACCCUGUUAAUGUGGGGGUGCAGGAGCCGUUUGUCUGGCAUGGCUCACCUGUACCCAAACCUGAGGUCCCCCCACCGCUCAGGAUGACUAUACAUGACUUGACUGAUGUGCCACCUCGCUUACAAAGCAAGUUUGAGCGACUGUCAGCAGCUGUAAAGGGUUACCUGACUAGGAGACUCCUCAGGACUGAGAAGCUGCAGGCUUUAAGGAAAACCAUCAAGGACACGACUGAGUUGAUCAUGAGUCUGCAGCAGGAGACACCCAUUAGGAAGGGGAUGGUGACGACACAGGAUGCAGAACUGGUGCAGAGGGUCAUGGUGCAGUUGCAGGCAGCUCUCCUGGAGGUCCACGAUGUUUUCUUCCAACUGCCAGUUCAAGGUCAGAUGGUCAUCAUCAGUCACGAUCGCAACAUUCAGGAGGAGAGGAAGAUGAAGAUGAAUAAAGCAGAGCCCAAAGCUGCUGAGAAGAGACCCAGUCGUCUAUCCAGUGCAACCCAGAAGGCUCUGCAGAGGAAACGUCAGAUCAGGGCGGCAGAGGCUGCAGUGUUUGGUCAUUCCCUGACAGCUCCUCCAAGGUCAAGUUCCACCAGUCCCAGCAGAAGGAAGAACACCAUCAACCCAAGGAUUCUAAGGCCUAUUCAGGGAUCCUCCCCUGUAAGAUCAGGGACUUGGAACAGGGCUGCGAAACAAGCAACCAAAGCCUCUGAAGUUCGUCCAAAGACGGCACCAAACCUGAAUAAAGAAACAGGCAAACCUGCAAAAGCAACAUCAGGACCCAAGACUGCCAGGAGAAGCCUGUAUCCAGCAGUCAGUACAAUGCCAGCAAAAGGAAAGAAUACUAAGUAUAGGAAAUAAAGAGCAAAAGAUUUCACAAAAAUAAGUUAUGAAGUCUUAGAAGGGAAAUCAACUUGGUUGUUGUUGGUUUCAUUUUUUCUUGAACAGAAAAUUUUUGCCAUAAACUUGUCUGAUCUGAGGUAUUGAUCGUUUAUUGUUAGACUUUUGUAUUGAUUACAGUUGCACUUACAACAUUGCAAAUAGAUCAAUGCAUCAUUAGUUGCAUUUAUUUUGUUUCCAGCUGAGAAUUACUGUAUGAAAAAAGUGUACUGUGUAAUAAGAUGGAACAAGGAGCUUAGAUGUGACACCGUUGGAGUAAUAUACAAAUAUUUGUCCGAAAGAUUGAUAAAUAUUACAAUUAAAUGUCUGUUAUUUUCAAAAGCUGUUGUUCUAAAACAAUGUUAUUUGGUUAAUUCUGUUGUCUUUUUGGUGCAUGUUAAAUCUUCCAGUUUCAGCUGAAAUUAGUAAAUGAGGUUAAAGCAAAUGAAUGUUAAGAAAGCAAUAGUAUGUUUUACAAGUAUUUUAUAGUUCAUCAUAUUUGGGAACGCAGCACACAUAUCAGCAGAGUGUAAUAGAUAACACAUAUCAGCAGAGUAUAAAUGCCUAUGACUGUGCAAACCAGUGACUUGAUGCGGAGAUUCUAAUUUUAUCACACAACUUUAUGUCUCACAUGCAAAGUGCGGAAAAUCCAGACACUUGUGUAUUUGCUGCAUCAUGUAUGUGUAAUAAAAUGUCCAAUGUCAACUUGGUGAUGGUGACUAAAUAAAGAGAAUAUUGCACAGUGUGAUUUACCUGUUUGAUGGAAUACUGUUCUGAAUGUCUUAACUCUAUUAUUGUAGGUACUUUUGCAAAGAGGCUUGGGUCAGCUAUCUUUUAUAUGAGGCUUAAUGAGCUGACAACUGAUGCAUUUAUGUAGGUUUUCUUUUCUUUUUUAUGCUCUGUUUUCUUUAUCUCAUGACUCUAAUGAAGGUUUGCUUUUAAAAAAUUAACAUAAUCUCUGGUUUCUUCCAUAGUCAUUUUUAAGUGGAUUAGGCCUAUCUAAUGACAGAUUAAUCUGAUUGCUAUGGACUAAUCCCUGUUUGAAAGAUAACAGUUCCGUGCUUGACUCAGCACCUGCUCCUACUCAGCAUCUCCUAUCCCAGCUUUUCAGCAGCUUUGGUAGAUUAUCCAGUGACAUGUUUUCCUUGUACCACUGUCAUAUGUUUGUGUACUCUUAUUUUUCAAAUUCAACUCUUUUACAUUUGAGUAUGAGUUUGUAUGACUAUAAAUUGUACAAUUGAUUAGUCACAAGACAUGGUCCUUUCAGAAAUAAAAGCAAUAACCAGAAAUACUUGUUGUAUCUGUCAACUAAUACAUCAUGCAGCC